AUGUCAUCGAAUGCAUUUAUACUUGGAUUCAACUCCCCUGCCGCAGUGUGCCCCGUGAGCAACUCUCUUCUUGUUGGAGCUGGCGGAGGUGUUGUUGUUAGGCGUGGCGGAGAAUCGAAUCAGUGGGUGCCCGCUGAUGGCCGCUAUCCUGUGGACCAUCUGGCGUACUCGCCCUUGUCGCACUUGCUUUGUGUCACUGAGAAGAGGCUCAAUGUUGUCCUGCACGUGUUUAGGUUUCCCGAGCUGAGUCGCGUGCAGAAAGUGGAUGACUUUGCGAGAGUAGAGGUGCAGGACAUGCAGUUUUCACCAAAUGGGCAGAUGUUGGCCGUACUAAACUGCGUGCCAAACUGUUAUGUGACACUCUUCAUGGUCCAACGUGGACGGACGCUAGAGAAGUGCGUCUCUGUGACAUUGGCUGACAAAUUUUGGAAAUAUUUGGUAUUUCCUCCACAAAGAACGGACUGUGUGGCUGUGUGGGAUGCUGAGGAAGUUGCUCUUAUAAGUCAUUUGGUGUCAGACUCAGCUUCUCCCAAUGUCGUUUCCUUGGCCUCGAAUGACAGGGAAUUUUAUUCGUGCUGCUGGAGCACGUACGGUGUACUUUGUGGAUUAAAGCAGGGAUCCAUUCUCCUUUUUGAUGAGCUACAGAUGGAAAUGCGUGACUAUCUAACCUGCCCAGACAGCGGUGCGGUGACGUCCAUGCUUCACACGACUAACCUCCUUUUGGCAGGGACAGAGAACGGUGCAAUAUUUGGCUACAAGAUGGAUGAGAAGGCAGUGAACUUGCUUAUUCAGGUCGAGCACGUCGUGGAACGGCUGCUUCUCUCUGAAAGUGGAGAGGAUGCAGUAAUUGUUACCAGGGCUGAAAUUGCAAAGCUGAACCUCGACAAGGCGGAAUCUGCUGUCACCUCUCGGCGUGAUACAGGGAAUACGGUAAAGCUUCUGAACGUGGGUGACUACAUUGUACGGGUCUCAACGGAAGGUAGCUUAAUGCGAUAUGACAAAACGACAAAUGAUGUGCUUUACUUCACCACAGAAUUUGGUGAUAAGGCCGGAGAUGCCUGCGCCGUAGGAUCGGCCGUGAUUGUGGCGUAUCACAGUGGAUAUAUGCGUUGUUUCCUGGUUGGUGACGAAUUCACAUUUUCUUCUCAGAUAGCGCUGGGUGAGAUGCCGCUCACCGUGUGCGAAUCCGAUGGACUCUCCUCGUUGGCCGUAAGUGAUGGAGCUGCGGUUUACUUUGCUACCCUGCAUGACGGUGUUCUUCAAGCUCGUGCCUCCGUGGAUACUUUUACGGCUACGGUGAAAACCAUCCGCUGGAACCUUGGUGGCCACCCGUCGGUUUUGGCGGCUUGCACCAAUGGCGAGAUACACCUGCUUCAAGGCCUUGGCGCUGCGGAAGCUUCCUUGGAUAGUGUGGCAGUGGAGACGGUGUGGCGCCUAGAUUACCCUGCCCAUGACUUUCUCCCACUUUACCUUGACGAUGACGUGGUGAACGUUUUGGUGCAUUCGCUAGACAAGGACACCAAGCUCUACGUGCUGGAACGCCGGCGAGAGCGAGACAUCAAAUCGCUGCGUCCCUUAUUCCUGAUGCGCGAUCAUGAGGGCAGCGGUGGCUCUGUCCUGCAACGUUUUGGAGACACCGCUGUUGUCUCUGGUGGGGCUGAUGGCAAGGUGAUUGUAAGAGACAUCUCACAUUAUCUUUCACGGCUGACGCCUAUUCCACCUUCGAAGGAAAAGCGACGGCCGCGCGGGGAGUUCCCCAUAAGACACCUGGGUAAGGGAGGAAUCACUUCGUUGUGUGCCUGGAAUGACAAUCUUGGCUUUGUCUGUGGCGGUAACGACGAAGUGGUUCAUUUUAUCCCCUCCAGUAAGUCUAUGCAUUACUCAUGGACGGAGCCAGUAUGGCGCAAGGAGAAAUUGCCAGGUCCCUCAGACACUACGCAAACUUCAGAAGAAGCGUUCAAUGCAAUGGGCGAGCUAAACCAAUCCAGUGUGCAGUCGCGUUUGGCAGAGAUUAGGGGGCAAGUUCAGGAGUUGUUAAAGGAGAGAACUUCAGCUGUCCAGGUUGAGGACUUUUUGCUACCUCAGCAGCGAGAGUCGUUUAGAGCGGAGUGCGACUGGGCGAUACACAAGGCAAAGGAAGAGGAUUACUACCACUUGCUUCACAAUGAAUUCACGCAGUACACCAUUCGACGCGACUGCUGGGACACAAUGGAAGUGCAACGGUCGAAGAUUGUCAGCCUCAAUGACCUUGCGCUUGAAGUUCACAACUUUCAUCGCCGUAAGGCCGACCCGGAGGAAGCGAAACUGUUGAAAAAGUUGAAGUUUUUGAGGCUACUGCAAAAGAAAGAUGGUGACUACUUCACCUUUUCUCCCUUGCUGAAACAGCCUGGAACUGACCCUGCCCCGCUGCAGCACGCGGGCGACAUCGCCGACGACACUUCCGAGCUUCUCUAUGAUGCGAUGGACGUCUAUACAAAUUCACGUGCUGUUAUGCAAAUCUACUUGCUUCGUGGAAGGGCAUCCAAGUUGAAGCUGACGUUCAAUGCUCGCUUCGACAGUCUAUUCGAGCGUAAAAAACGAGAGUUGCAGCGUAUUGCGGAAAGGAAUGAUCGUUGCCGACGCAUCUUGCUGCAGCUUGGUGAAACCUCCGUCCCUGAGGAUUUCUUUUUCACCCCCGUCUUUGACGUUGAGGAGGACCCCAAGACAGUCUUUGAUGUCUUUGAUUCGGAAAUCGACCCCGAGUUACUCAAGCUUGCCAAAAAAGAUGACAACGACGCCUUUGUCAUCUCCCCGACAGAUGAAGCGGCGUUGAAGACGUGGAUGGAUGGCCUUGAGAAGGAUACCGAGGUCCUGGCCGUCAAGGUCGCCCUGCCUGCUUUUGCGGAUGAAACACUGGAGCAGUAUGUGGACCCCGAGGAUCGAACGGAGGAGCAGCAACGGGCGUAUGAAGAGUAUGAGAAGCAACUUGCAGAGCAGACGGCAUACGUGAAUGAGCGGAAGGAGGCGUUGCGUGCAGAGAUGGAAGAACUAAGGAAGAACAAUAGGGAAGCAGCAAAAGUGGUAGAUGACGAGAUUGCCUCGCUGAGGAGGCAGCGCAUGGAGGUGGCUGAGCUGGUGGAUGAGUUGGAGUCGCACCAAAUGAAUGCGCUUCGCAGGCUCUUUCUCCCCAUCACAAUCUUGAAUGAGCUCCUGCGCGUCAUGAAGGAAAAAGCAGAGCUCCAAGAACGUGUGAAACAGCUUGAGAGUCUUGAAUUAUAUAGGGAAAACUUAUUGGCUACGGAAGAGUCUCGAUUACAGCACUCCAUCGAGGAGGAAGAAGGCGUUGCCGUACGGAUGCGCGACUCUCCACCGUUUGAUGACAGCACCUGGGGGGAUAAGUUAUACCGACGCUUGACGAGGUGGCGCACCAGGUACGAGGAAGGCCAAGCGCAGGUCCCCCUGGUUGGGCAGAAUGACACGAUCCCUCUCCCCCUCUGGAAACUCUUCUGCGAAUGUUGCUCAGCCAUCGUUGUGGCAAAAAGUGCCGUGGCCCGUAACACCGCAACGGUUCAAACCUUUGCCGAGGCCUUGAAAGAGGUCGAAGUCGAACUGACGCGAGUCCGAGGGGAAUUGCAGGAAAAAGAGGCGGAGGAGGAAUCCUGUAAGCAGGGUGCCGUCCGCAAGCUUCUCAAUGUACAAAAUCUAUAUCGUUUGCGACAAGGCCAGGUGCAAGACGAAGAGGCCGUGCUAAACGCGGACUUUACCGAUUUCUCCUUUCGAAGGGCGAAGGAUGUUUUAGACCACAACGCCCUUAUCUUUGCAAGCUUUGAUGAGAUUUCCAGGCUUAUGGGCAACAUCUCGCGCCAACGACAGUCAAUGAAAAUGGCUGCCUGGGAAACCGAACGCCUGCUGUACUGCGUGGGGACGUUGGAGAUGGAGCUCCGCCAACUGCACACGCUGCGGGUGACACGGCAAAUGCAAGAAAUCAUUCACACCGGUGCGCUGGUCUCACGCGAGGAGGAGGUGGAAAAAUUGAACCGCCGAGUCGAGUACGUCCGGCAGGUGAUGUCAAAAAGAGUAGAAGAACGCAACAAGGUUAUUACGCGAUUACACAUGCAGAUCAACGAUAGGCAGUUGGAAAACACCCUAUUGGGUGACCAGGUUCAACGCAUCAAGAGUGUUGUGGAUGACAAAAAAGCAGUUUGGGACAUGCUGGGUGAGCACAACAACGACUCAACACGCCUUCAAGAACGAAUGAGGGAGCUGUACGAAAAUAGCGAAUUGGAGGAACUGGCACGCUGCCAACAGGAGGAACUCGUACGGUUAAAGCGCGAGGUUGAUCGUCUUCGAGAGCGCACUUUUCCGUCGUUUGCUGUUGUAUCAAAGAAGACAGUGUCGUGA